GGGCUGCAGGGUGAGAGGCCAGGGCCGAGAAGGGCUUCGGGACGCGGGAAGCGCCCUUGCUUCAAAUCGCGGGCGGGCGUGGGAACGGGGUUGCAAAACGGGUCCCUUUCAUUCGGGUGGGUUAAGGGCCCUGGCAGCCUUUUCGCGAAGGCUCCACGCCGGAGCAGCUGGGCCGCAGUGGGCCCGAGGUCCACUCGGACCGCCGAGACGGCUCGAAGGCCCGGGAGCUGGAGGAAAGGGGAUACCUGGGCGCCGGCCGCCGCCCUCUCCACUCGGCCGACGCCCCUUUCUCAACGCAGUUUCUCUUUUUCCCCUGUUCUGCAGGCUCGCUUCCGGCGUCAUGGCUCAAAGGGCCUUUCCGAACCCUUACGCCGAUUAUAACAAAUCCCUGGCUGAAGGCUACUUUGAUGCUGCCGGGAGGCUAACUCCUGAGUUCUCACAACGCUUGACCAAUAAAAUUCGGGAGCUUCUUCAGCAAAUGGAGAGAGGCCUGAAAUCAGCAGACCCUCGAGAUGGCACCGGUUAUACUGGCUGGGCAGGUAUUGCCGUGCUUUACUUACAUCUUUAUGAUGUAUUUGGAGAUUCUGCCUACCUACAGAUGGCACAUAGCUAUGUAAAGCAAAGUCUGAACUGCUUAACCAAGCGUUCCAUCACCUUCCUUUGCGGGGAUGCAGGCCCCCUGGCAGUGGCCGCUGUGCUGUAUCACAAGAUGAACAAUGAGAAGCAGGCAGAAGAUUGCAUCACACGGCUAAUUCACCUAAAUAAGAUUGAUCCUCAUGCUCCAAAUGAAAUGCUUUAUGGGCGAAUAGGCUACAUCUAUGCUCUUCUUUUUGUCAAUAAGAACUUUGGAAUGGAAAAGAUUCCUCAAAGCCAUAUUCAGCAGAUUUGUGAAACAAUUUUAACCUCUGGAGAAAACCUAGCUAGAAAGAGAAACUUCACGGCAAAGUCUCCACUGAUGUAUGAAUGGUACCAGGAAUAUUAUGUGGGGGCUGCUCAUGGCCUGGCUGGAAUUUAUUACUACCUGAUGCAGCCCAGCCUUCAAGUGAACCAAGGGAAGUUACAUAGUUUGGUCAAGCCCAGUGUGGACUACGUCUGCCAGCUAAAAUUCCCUUCUGGCAACUACCCUCCAUGUAUAGGUGAUAAUCGAGAUCUGCUUGUCCAUUGGUGCCAUGGCGCCCCUGGAGUAAUCUACAUGCUCAUCCAGGCCUAUAAGGUGUUCAGAGAGGAAAAGUAUCUCUGUGACGCCUAUCAGUGUGCUGAUGUGAUCUGGCAAUAUGGGUUGCUGAAGAAGGGAUAUGGGCUAUGCCACGGUUCUGCAGGGAAUGCCUAUGCCUUCUUGACACUCUACAACCUCACGCAGGAUAUGAAGUACCUGUACAGGGCCUGUAAGUUUGCUGAAUGGUGCUUAGAGUAUGGAGAACAUGGAUGCAGAACACCAGACACCCCUUUCUCUCUCUUUGAAGGAAUGGCUGGAACCAUAUAUUUCCUGGCUGACCUGCUAGUCCCUACAAAAGCCAGGUUCCCUGCAUUUGAACUCUGAAAGGAAAGCAUGCCCCCUGCAAUCACUGCAUGACCCUUGCUGUAUGUUCAAAUCCAAGCUAAGUGCUUUCAUUGCUUUCCAAGGAAACAAAGAGUCAAACUGUGUAUUUGAUUUUCUUAGUUAACUUUUUUCAGAGUUUGUCUUUGAUUCGGUUCCUUUUAAUUAUCAUUUACUUAAAAUUAUCCAAGAAAGUUUUUAAGGGAGAGUGAGUGAUAUGUACAGUGUUUUGAGGUUGUAUACAUAUGUUCCAGAACUUGGAGGAAAUCUUAAGUUUAUGAAUAUAACCAUUUGUUACUGUUCUAAAAAUGUUUAAAAGAAAUUCAAUAUAGAUAAAGAUAAAUGUGUGACUAUUAUUGCACUUCACUUCUCUUUAAUAUUUCCUUCCAGCUGGAGGGCAGUUUUAUGACUUUGCUCUAGGUGGUUCAUUUUGAAAGGGGACAAAAAUAUAACUAGGUGCUUCCAGGAGAAAAAUUCCAAGAGUUGCAAACUGGAACUGGGACCUAAAUAUUAUUUUUUAAAUUACUGAUGCCUGUUUGGUUUACAGCUAAACAUACUUUCAAAUUUGCCUGUUUUGUUGGCUUCAGAAGCCAAAAUUUUAAACCAAAAACUUAUAAAAAUGUUGAUCAUUGUGAAAAUUCUGAGUUGAAGGUUAGUUCAAGAUAAGCUCACAAUAGCAGUUUAUGUUUUCUCUGAAAUAAUCUGGUUUUUUUGGAACUAUUUUAAAUAUGUUUGUCUUUCAGUAUUCAAGUAAGAUCAGGAAGCUAAUUUUCUAUGUGUGAAUAUGCUCUGACCUAGGAUUUCAGUCCACUCUGACUUACUUUCUAAAUUUUAACUUGGGUUUUUUACAGUGACUAUGCAUUAGUGCUGACUCUUUGGUAUAAGCCAUAAAAUAUUUUCCUAUCAAUUUAUCUGAACUUUGGUCUUUUCACUAAAUAGUACAGUAUUCUACUUCUGUUUAAAAAGGGGGAUGGGAAGGGGAAUACUGUGUAACCAAUAACUUGAACGAAAACACUAAACUUAGCUUUUAAUAGAAAUGCUUUUUGUUUAGGAGGGAUUAUCCAGAGUUCAUGCUCAGAAUAAAUGGAUCUUUGCAUAUCCUAGGCUUAAGAAUUCAUCAGUUUCUGAGACCACAGAAUCAGGUUUUCUAUGGUAGAUGAAGACUCCUUGGUGCUUCAAAUUCUGUACAACUGUUUUGACUCGUCAGCUUCUACUCCUCCUUUCAUUGCUGCCUUUGCCUGGCUUGUUUUGUCUCUUUGCAACUGAUUUUGCAAAAAAUUUGCAGUUUUAAAACAACAGGGUCUAAGUAUUUUAAAUGUGCCUAUUUCACAGCUCUCUUGGUCACAAAAAACAUGCUAUUUUUUUUGGAACUGCAAACCAAAUCCCCACUGAGUGUAUGCCGGUUCCUGCAGGUAACAGUCUAUUAUUUCCUAUUUAGCACCAAAAGAGCUAAUAUUAUUGGAAAUUGUCUGACCCUUUAAAGGCCACUGGCAGUAGGAUACAAAAAGCAGCCCACUGGUCAGUUCCUAGGAUUAGCUUCCUCCUUCUGUGACUUGUGUAAAUCAGGACUACCUUGUGCCUCUCAGAUUUCUGAAGUGCUACUGCACAGUAAGCCGUGUGCGUGCUUUGCCUUUCUAGGGAAAGUUUUGAAUCAACAACGUCAGCACUUACAGUAAGAAGUAAAAGGAGUACACAGCAAAGCUAUUUACCUUUGGCUGGGUUGUCCAACUUGAAAGAAUAAAACUCAUUUGGUUUAGUUAAAUAUCUUACUAUACUGUGUCUAUGCUUUUAGCUACAUUACUAAGCAAGGGAAAAACAACACUUUUGCUGAGCCAAAGGAGACUUGAUCACAGUUCUCAAGCAGCGUGAUAGCAGUGCUUAACCCCAGGAAGAUUUCAACACAGGGAGAAGAACAUUUCAAAUAAGAUUCUUUUAACCCAUUUAUGUCUGCUGUUCCAUUAUUGGAACUCUAAGCUUGUGGGAGUUAUUUACAUCCUGCUGCUCAAAGUCAUUGCCAAGGUCUGAUUUUUCACAAAAAUUUGCAACCUCCAUCAUAAAUGGGUUAAUAUUUGAACUGCAGUUUAGAUACUGUCAUCUCAGCAAAUUUGUCAACACAAACACAAUUCAGGUUUUUUGUUUUUCUUUUUUUAGCUUUUGAAAACUUGUUAAACUGGCACAAUUUUAUCUCUGUGCUGUUGUUUGUUGUAUUUAUGCUUAAGAGCAAAAAAGUUUUAGUGGGAUUCUAAACUCAGGCAAAGCCUACAAAACUGAGACAGUCCCUUAACAACCUGGUAGUAACUAAAUAAACUUUUAUACUAGGCUUCUUAGUUUUAAAAGGAAGUGGCAUCAUUAUUUCAAUUCUAGUUUUGUUAUAUUUUUCUCUCAGAUAUUUUUCUUCUUGGUAAAAUUCCUUCCCAGAAGUUGCUUCCUAGAAAACUCAAUAGCCUCUCUUGUCUGUAGACAGGGACUAGGUAAUAAAAUCUUCAAAGGUUGUCAAGCAGUAUUCAUUUAUCUUGCCACAUGUUUCUGUUUCUAUAGUAAUUUAGAAAAAAUAGUUAACUUUCCGUCAUGUAAAAAAUGUUAACAUUAUCCUAUUUCCAUAGAUAGCAUGGACUAUAGUGUUGCCUGAGUUGUCAGGCUUUAAUUCUGAGUCAUGUGGCUGCCUGUUCGUCUUUGAUGUCAAUUGCAAUUAUUUGGCAUCAAAAAGCUUCAUGGUAGGUAGAGUUUUAGGUAAAAGUGGAUCUAAGGAUACUUUCUUUAUUAACAUUUCCUAAAUAACUGAAUCGAGGGAUGUAUUCUGCUACUAUGUCCUCAGGUUAAUUUUUGUCCGAUCUUACGAUGCCCUGCCUUUUACUAGCUAGUUUUGAAAUAGAAAAUGUGAAAAGUGACUAUUUACGCAUAUACUCCUUUGGCUACUAGAACUCAUCUAUAGUCCUCUAUUAUUUACACUGAAUUCCAAUUUCAUUUCUACUUCUGCUAAGUAAGAGCACCUCAAUACUGUGUUUUCUGUACUGUUGAGUCGUAGGAGAACUGUUUCUCUCUUAUAAUUAUAAAAGAAACUAAGAUAUUCAGGGAAACUACCCCAAUGUUAUAUUGUCAUUUAAUGGGAAAGGCUGGGAUCAUAUGUAUUUCUAUGUUCUAUAAAGGAUUUGACUUAACUGGUUCUCAAUAAAAUUUUAUUAGGACUGUA